CCGAUUGGAUAACAAAUAAUAUUCCAAGUUCCAACACGUACCUACAUUUCAUAUUUUCAUUCAAUUUAAAAAUUUGAAAUACAUUUGUUGUACCAAUAUUGGUUUAUAUUUGUAAUUUUUAUUGUGUUUAUAUUCUUCGAGUGAUUUAUUUGCGUCUAAAUAUGGUUUUGUUAACUAUGAUAGCAAGAAUUCCUGACGGAUUACCAUUAGCAGCAUCUAUGCAAGAUGACGAACAGGUCGGGAGAAAAUUAAUUGAGUAUCAAAAUCAAGCAAAACUGCUUUUUAAAAAAUUAAACUUUCAGUCUCCAAAACAGUGCACAAUUGAAUCUGUACCAUAUUACUUUCACUAUUUAAUUGAAAGAGAUGUUUGUUACUUGGUAUUGUGUGAAAAAAACUUCUCAAAACGUUCUGCAUUCAGUUUUCUGGAAGACAUAGCAGCCGAAUUCAAUAAGCUGUACGGACGACAAGUAUCAACAGUUUCACGGCCUUACACACUAAUUGAAUUUGAUAAUUACAUUCAAAAAGCAAAGAAAAAUUAUAUAGAUUCUAGAGUACGAAGAAAUCUAAAUUCAUUAAAUAAUGAACUUCAAGAUGUACAGAGAAUAAUGGUUCAAAAUAUUGAUGAUGUAUUACAAAGAGGCACUGUUUUAUCAGAACUUGAUACAAAAGCACAAAAUUUAUCUAUAUUAUCGAAAAAAUACAAAAAAGAAGCUACCAAUCUCAACCUUAAAUCAAUGUACAUAAAACUUACCGUUGCAGCAGUUUUUGUUAUUUUAUUAUUUUUAUAUUUUUAUGUUUUGUAA